UUUCUUCGCCGUUUGUUGCGGUGGGCAGCGUGAACGAGAACGUUGUCUCCAGUAUGACUAACACAAUGGCUAUGUUUCUCUACUUACUCUUCCAAAUCUUUUUCAUUAUCUGCAUCACCUCCUACACUCCUGAAGAUCAUUUCGCAGUCAACUGCGGUAGCGCUGGCAAUUCUCCUUCCAUAGAUAACCGGGAGUGGACAGGAGACAUAGACAAAAGAGAAUUCUUUCCAAUCGAAGACUCCAACAACAAACUCUCCGUCGGCGCCAAAGCUCCGGCUGGUAAAGCAAUCCCUUACAGCACCGCACGCCUCUCUCGCUCCGAAUUCUCCUACUCAUUUCCGGUGACCGACGGCCAAAUGUUCAUUCACCUCUACUUUUACCCAUCUUCCUAUGCCGUCAACUUCCUUCGCUCCGACUCUCUCUUCUCCAUCAGAGCAGGAUCUCACACUCUUUUGAAAGACUUCAACGCUUCGUUCGCGGCCGACAACGCCGGCCAAGAAACCAUCUUGCGGGAAUACUGCGUCAAUGUUUCUCCCGAUGAGAACCUUAGCUUAACAAUCACGCCU